GCGUUUUCCGACUUCACUGCUCCCUGAUGAUGAGAGCGACGGUUUCUCUUUGAAAUUUGUAGCGCUUUUCGAAAACUUUCGCACCUUUUCCAUCAGUGCGAUUUGCAUUGAAGAUUGACCAGUAUUUCUACUUUUUGGAAACAUUAGUGAUUGUUGUUUUUUUUUUCGUGAGCACAAGAAGUAGCUGGUUCGACUCAGGCAAUGGGAAGCGAAACUUGAAAAUGAUUUACACCAAUCAUCAGGCUCACGUAUUCUUCUCACAUUAAAACAAUCUUACGAUCAUGGAUUUAAUGAAUUUGCAUUCAAAUGCUAGUGACAUUUACGAUAAUGGAACAGAUUUUUCCAUGUUGGGUUAUAAUUCCAGUGAAGACUUCUACAUUCCAUACGAUCAGCGACCAGAAACAUACUUUGUGCCGGUACUGUUCUUUCUGAUUUUUGUGGUUGGCUGUUUGGGAAACGGAACUUUGGUUAUUAUUUUCCUGAGACACCGGACCAUGAGAAAUGUUCCUAACACGUGGUGGCAAAAAAGCAACAAGAAUAACAGUUGCAACCGCUGUUGCCAUAUGGUUGCUUGCGGUUUUAUGCGCUAUGCCAGCAUUGGUCGGUUCACACAUCAAAGCGAUAUGCGAUGAAGAUGGCAGUCUUUGCAUAGAAGUGUGCUACCCUUUUCCAGAACACUGGAUGAACGAAGCGUAUCCUCAAGUAAUGGUGAUGGCCAAGUUUCUCGUCCUGUACAUCAUUCCUCUCUUCAUAAUUUUUGGAUUCUACUUAAGCAUGGCCAUAUCUCUUAUUAUGAGCACAAGAAAUGUGCCUGGAGAGCUACAGGGAAUGCACAGACAGAUCAAAGCUCGAAAGAAAGUAGCUGUAACCGUACUGAUUUUCGUGGCAGUUUUUGCCAUUUGCUUCGCUCCGCUUCAUGCUUUUAUGCUGUUUUUCUACUUCACGGAAAAAGCUCAAGACCUGUAUAAUCCAUUCUGGCAUUAUCUUCGAAUCGUUGGUUUUUGCCUCUGUUACAUCAAUUCCUGUGUCAAUCCAGUUGCACUGUACUUUGUGAGUGGAGCUUUUCGAAAACACUUCAACAGAUAUCUGCUGUGCAAGAAGAUGAAAAGGAAUCGAUGCAACACUUGCACUGGCCAACAGGCGACUUCAAUGUCGCUGGUUUCAACGAAAAGACAACAGUCAAUCAAUAGACGACCCACGAUGUCCAUUAACAGAAAAGUCGUUAAUAACGCUCAAGAAACGUCCAUUACUUUGCUGGGUAAUGGUCAUGGAGAUCCGCACAUUUGCAACAAAAUUAUUUGAGAACGACUGCAAAAAAGUCGCGAUACUCUUUAUCAAACUGAUGUGUUUUAAGACUCUACGUUUUGUGAGUAGAUGUUUAGCUGUACAGAAAGAUUCUUUAAGAAGUCAGUGUAGGUUUGUUGGUUUUUUACUUGGCUGUGUGGCUCCAGACAGGAACAAACGAAAGACUCAGUAUGCUUCAGGUUUUUUUAAGAACUGUUAAUUCUUUCCAAAAAUGUUGUUGCAUAAAACGAACAUGCGGAGUGGCCGUGCAAAAAUGUGUAUGCGUAUUUUUAUAUAAAAAACUGUGUUUUUGUUGUUGCCUUGGACAUUCUAGGCACUUUUUAUACAGUGUGUCCCACCGGAAAUUGCCGCCAUCAAUAUCUGGCAAAUUAUAAUUAGAAGAAGUUUGAAAAUUGAACAGUAGGUCGAAGUCAAUGGGAACAAGCGGUCUAAAAUAUUUUCAAGGUGGCCACACUUCUGGUUAUACCGAAAGUAGGUAUCAACUUGCUCAUUUUAAAUGGAA